UUCAGUUUGUUUAUUUUUUCGCGUACCGUGUAAACAAAUAUAUAAAUUAUAAUUUAAAAUUACAUAAUCUUCCGUAAAGUUAAAUUGGAGUAUUCCUGUGUCAUUUUUUCAUUUUAUUGCAAAUUUAAUUUAUUUCGUAAUAUUGGUAUCUGUAAUCUUGGGUGCAAUAGUGUCGUGAACUCGCGAAACCAGGCGGAGAGCCAAUGUUCACUGUGCGCUUGGUGAGUGCAGAUAGUUAUCAAGGUUCUCCAGUUGCACCAUAUGAUCUAGCAUUCUCAGAAUUUCGAAAUGCAAGGAUUAAAAAGGUUCCAACCAUUAGAGUCUUUGGUUCCACUCUUUCAGGCGAAAAAGUCUGUUUACACAUUCAUGGAGUAUUUCCAUAUAUGUUUGUACCAUACUUGGGUGGAGACUCUGCAGAAGCUUUUGCAUAUCGUUUAGCGGAAGGUUUGGAUUCUGCUAUUAAUACUUCACUCGGCUCUUCUAGUGCAGAUACUCAACAUGUAUAUAAAAUUCAACAGGUUAAGGGUGUACCUUUCUAUGGCUUUCACGAAAAACGGCAUCACUUUUUGAAAAUCUACUUUUAUAAUCCAGCUAUGAUUAAAAGGGCAGCAGAUUUGUUGCAGAAUGGAUGUGUACUCAAUCAAAAUCUGCAGCCACACGAAGCACACAUCCCAUUUAUACUGCAGUUUAUGAUUGACUACAACAUAUACGGGAUGAGCCUUAUCAAUUUAAACGACGUAAAGUAUAGGCAGUUGAAUCGUCAAAGGGGAGACGGUAGAUUAAAUGGCGAAAACCUUACGCCACAUUUCAAAAUUAGAAAUUACUUGCCUCCCACAGUUAAAAGACAGAGUACCUGUGAGAUUGAAGUCGAUGCUUGGGCGUCGGAUAUUAAAAAUAAGGAGGCCAUUGAACAAAGAUUGGAUGUAAAUCCUGGAUUAGCUGCAAUCUGGGCUGAGGAGAAAGCCAGACGAAUCUUAGCUGGAUUUGAAGGAGAAGAUUCGCAAUUAGCACCUUUAAGUAGCCCACCUAGGUCGAAUCUACAACCUACAGACAACGAUUUGCUGCAAAUGCAACGAUUUCAGAGAAAAUUGUUUUCUUUAUCUCAAAGCGAAGAAAGUGCGAUUUCCAUGAAUUCAAAUUCAUCUGCUUAUCCAGUUGAACUUGAUGAUGAAUUUAAUUUACUUGAUGCUUCAUAUCUUGAAAGACACAUUGGUCCACGAAACGAAAACCAAAAACAACAUUACGAUAACCGAGAACAAACUAAACGAGAUUCAGAUUUAGUUACGUCAUUAGAGGAAAAUCUUGCAUUAUACCAUGAAAAUGAGAUUUCAGAUAAUAUUGAUGAGGAAAAGAGUUUAAUGUCUAAAUUAAAAAUAUUAAAAUCAACAGGGGAAGAAGCUGCUUCCCAAAAUAAAAAUAGAAUACUUAAUCAGAAUACUUUUGAAGAAGAGGACAUACCACUUGUUGAUAUUUUAGAGAAGCUGGCUGAAGGGCAUAACACUAACGAAUUAGUCGAAGAAGAUAGUAUAUUAGGGUCCCAUUGUUCUGCUGUUGUCGAAUACAAGAGCGAUGAAGAAGACGAGGAUGGAAAUACGGAUUUGAAUCUCACAACUUUUGAAAUAGAUUUGUUAAGCUUGAAUUCCGAAUUAACGAUUUGUUCUGGAAGACUUGGAAGUGCUGCAAGUGACCAUGAAAAGGGUGGGAGAUCCUUUGCUAUAAAAUCGUUGUCUAUUGAGGACUUGGAUGAUGAAAAUAUCAUACGAAGGCAAAGAAGCAGUCAAAAUUUAUCUAAAAUUCCCCAGUUUGAUGGCGCAGAUGAUCUGCCAAAAAAAAGGAGUUCGAGUGUAGAAAGGAGUGCAUCAAUGAAAAGAAGAAAAUUCGGGAAUGAAAAUAAGGAUAUUCUGGAGAAAGUUGUAUGUGAUCCAAACAAAGGUAAUGAUAGAGAAAGAAUACAUAAAUCAAAAUCAAAAGGGUCUUACAAUUAUUCGGAAUUUGAUAAUGCCGAGAAAGACAAAUGUAGAAUAUCCGAUUCAAGUGCGUGUGGAUCUUUAGAACCACACUUAGAUUGUACCCUAGUUUCUAAAGAAAAAGAGGUUGCUGCUUUCGAAGUUAAAUCUACGACAUCUGAAACCAAUGAAAGUACUGAAGAUCUUUCGGAAUAUGCGGGGCCAGAUCACACAGUGGUGGUCGUGGAAAAGUUGAUCUGUGAUUAUAAAAGCAGUAAAGGAGUAGUUGGGAGCGCUAUAAGAGAAAUGAUAGUCAAUCACAGACACUGUGGUGUUGAAAGAAGAUCAAUUUUUCUUAAAGACGAGGAAAGGAAACUGAGAAGUUCUAGUCGUUUGUUGGAAAGUCCGAAACUCACUUUAAGAAGUUCAACUUGUGAUUUAAUGAGUGCGAUUCAACCUUCGAAGAGUGCUAGUCGUCCUUCAGAAAAUCCUAAUAAAGCAUUAAGAAGUCCCGUGCGAGCAUUGAAAAAUCCUAGUUAUGCAUUGAGAAGUCCCAGCCGAGCAUUGAGAAGUCCCAGCCGAGCAUUGCGAAGCCCCAGGAAAUCAUUAAGUAGUCCUAGACGACACUAUGCAUCUUUAAAUAUAAUAGUUACUCCCUCCAAAAAACGAAAAGAUCUCAGUAAGAAGUUCAAUGACAUUUCAGAAGAUGAGGAAUCUAGUGGAGAUGUACCAUCAAAGGAAACGCCUCUUUUUACUCAAAACCCUGAUAAUGAAGUUGAAGUUUGUAAUACAGAAUCCAAUAGCAAUCUCUGUUUGUCUAAUAAAGCAACUCUUAUUAAAAGCUCUGAAGGUGUUUGCGAAGAUGUAUCACCAAAUAGGAAACUUGUCCUUUCCCAGAAAUCAAAGACUGCAGAGAGUUGUGAAGAUACUGAAAUCUUAAAAAAACACUUAUCAUUAACAAAAUCUCGACCCAGGAAAGACUCUGAAGAUAUAUCCUGGGAGAAUAUAACACUAGAUAGAAACUCUAGCUUAUCUAACAAAUCAAAAUCGAAAAAAAUGUCUGAUCAUAAGGAAAUCCAUGUGAAUGAAUUAUUAUCGCAGAAGUCUCAAUUCAGAAAAAGUAUUGAAGAUGAUUUUAGUGCACUUGCAUCAAAAAAUAGAAAACUUAUCUUCUCUCAAAGGUCAAGGAAUUCAAAAAGUUCUGAAGAUAAGGAAAUGAAGGGGAAACUCUUUUUCUCUCAAAUAUCUCAAGUGAGAAAAUGUCCUGAAGAUGAACUCUCUGAAGAUGCACAAAAAAACGAAAAACUUCUUUUACGUCAUAAAUCAACAGUAGAAAACAGUUUGCAAGGUAACGAAUCCAAUGAAGAAACACUUCAUGUAAUGCCCUUGACUCAUAAGUCUGCUCCUGAAAAGAAUUCGCAAAAUAAAUUGAACUUAUUAUCAGUUGAAAAGAGUUUUGAAGCUAAUUCGAGCGAAUCUAAUUUAUCAGAAGGAAUCUAUAAUAUUUCUUUGCAGUUACAAAACAAUAAAGUUUAUGAUGAAGAAACGGAUUUUUCUGAUUUCGAAGAAAAUUUGGAAGUUUUGCUGAAAGACUUAAAUUCUGAUUCAAAGAUUAGCGAAUUCUUGCCAGAGUCUACUGAAUUAAUUAAGGAAAUUAUUCAAGAAAAGAAACAUUUUGUAAGAGAAGAACCUCAUGAGUCACAUAAGAUGAAAUUUAAAGAUAUGAGCAUUACAGAGGAAAUAAAUAAUGAAGUUUGUAAUACUGAAAAUCUUUUAACUCUUACUUUCUCAGAGUUCACAAAUAUUCAAUUAAAUGCUAGUCAUAAAUUUACUACAAAAUCAAUAUCGAGUUUUAAAUCAAAUACAUUGGUGGCGUUAACUACCGUAUUUUGUGCACCAACACGACAGCAUAUUGUAGAAAGUAUGCAUUUAUAUGAGAUUCCUACUUGCAGGCAUCAGGAGCCUUUUUACAGUGACUAUAAUGAUAUUCGGGCUCGAAAAGAUACAGCUUAUCAAAUAAUAAAUAAGAAAAAAGUGUCAGACUUUCCUCAGUUCAAAUCUGAAGUUGGUAGCGUUGUUGGCAUCAAAUUAUGGCGCAGGAUGAAAAUCAAUGAAUUUCUUAGUUCUGAUGCUAAAUUCAACACUGUUGGCGUUAAAAGAGGGCUUGCUGAAAGAAGAUUAAUAACUAUUACACCUCUAUAUUUCCCCCCAAAUAGGAACAAGCUCGUUGAGUGGUUAAAAGCUAGGAAACGCUUAAGACGUAAAGAAGAAGAAAAAGUUCAAGAGAGAAAAGAAUGUAAAAAAAAUAAUGAGGAUGUCAGGGAAAAUAAACUCGAGUAUAGUAAUUCGGAAGAUGCAGCAAAGUUAAAUUAUUUUGUUUCCAAUUCGCGACUACAAGCAUCAAUUUAUUCUGGAGGAAAAUCGCAGGAUAGUUUGAGUGAUGAUUCAUCUUUGUGCAGGACAUUGAGACCUUCUGAAUUAUUAAUAAGUGCAAACCAGAAAAGGAAACUAAGAGGGCUAUCUUUCGGGCAAGUAGAUUUUUCAAUGAAUGAAACGAAGACUCAGAAUGACAUUGCGAAACAGAAUCUGCAGAAUGCUAAAGCAAUAACUACUUAUCAGUUCCUGACAAUACUUUGUUUGGAAGUUCAUGUUUCCACUCGAAAAGAUCUGCUUCCCGAUCCACAAUAUGAUCCUAUUGAAGCAGUAUUCUAUGUCAUCCACAAUGAUUUCCCUCCUACUUCACCUGUUAAUCGACUACAACUAGGGGCAAUUAUAGUCGACCUUAAUGACUCACGAAAUUUACGUGGUUUAUAUCCAUCAUGUGCAGUUACGUAUGCAGCGUGUGAAGAGGAUUUAUUUUGUAAUCUCGUAACCUUAAUUGGCGAGUGUAAUCCAGAUAUUUUAAUCGGAUGGGAAUUAGAAACUCUCUCAUGGGGUUACGUGUUGCAAAGAGCUGGGCAUUUGGGUGCAAAUUUAGCGACAAGCAUAUCUCGAAUACCUGGAAGCAAAUGCACAUGGGAGUCUCAAACGAUAGAUUUGGAAGCUUUAGCUGAAAUAAAAUUGCCUGGUCGAAUAGUACUCGACGUUUGGAGGAUAAUGAGACACGAAAUUGCCCUUUUGAGUUAUACUUUCGAAAAUGUUAUGUUUCACGUGAUGCAUCAAAGAUUACCUUGCCCGUCUUUUAAAGCACUGACAGAGUGGUGGAAUUCAGAAGUGCAUUGUUUACGUUGGCGAGUUCUUGAUUUUUAUACGAAAAAAGUGUUGGGAAUUAUGAAACUUCUUGACCAACUGGAUAUCAUUGGAAGAACAUGCGAGCAUGCACGUCUUUUCGGAAUCCAGUUUUUCGAAGUUUUUUCUCGUGGUUCUCAAUUCAGGGUCGAAUCAAUGAUGUUGAGAUUAACAAAACCUUUCAAUUAUGUCUUGGUAUCGCCCUCUGUAAGACAAAGAGCCUCGAUGCGUGCUCCAGAAGCAUUACCCUUGAUCAUGGAACCCAUUUCUACAUUUUAUAGUGAUCCAGUGAUAGUUCUUGAUUUUCAAAGUCUAUAUCCAAGCAUUAUAAUAGCAUAUAAUUAUUGCUUUUCAACGUGCCUGGGUCGAGUGGAGCACAUCGGACAGAAUGAUCCUUUCAAAUUCGGUGGUACAACUUUAAAAGUAACAAAAAAGACAGCUAGGAAACUUCAAGGAAAAAUAAACUUUUCCCCUGUUGGAGUUGGUUUUGUGAAACCUGAAGUUCGCAAAGGUAUUUUGCCGCGAAUGCUCAGCGAAAUUUUGAACACUAGAUUGAUGGUUAAAAAGUCAAUUAAGGAUCACCCCAAAGAUAAUAGUCCACUGCAGCAAAUUCUUCAUAAUAGACAGUUAGGAUUAAAAUUAAUCGCUAAUGUCACUUAUGGAUAUACAGCAGCAAAUUUUAGUGGAAGGAUGGCAUGUAUUGAGGUUGCAGAUAGCAUAGUCAGUAAAGGCAAAGAGACUUUAGAACGCGCCAUCAAAUUGGUUGAAAUAACACCCAAAUGGGGAGCUCGAGUUGUUUAUGGUGACACUGACUCUUUAUUCGUAAUGUUACACGGAAAAUCAAGAAACGAUGCUUUUGAAAUUGGUGCCGAAAUGGCCGAUGCAGUUACAGCUGCAAAUCCAACUCCCGUGAAAUUAAAGUUUGAAAAAGUCUUACAUCCUUGCAUUUUACAGACAAAGAAAAGAUACUGUGGAUAUUCUUACGAAACGGUUGAAAAUGAUAAACCGGAAUAUCUUGCCAAAGGAAUCGAAACUGUUCGCAGAGAUGGUUGCCCAGCAGCUGCAAAGAUUUUAGAGAAAUCCCUUAAAAUUCUCUUUGAGACUAAAGACUUGUCUCUAGUGAAACAAUACGUAAUACGACAAUUGGAUAAAGUUUUUCGGGGUAUUGCAUCAAUUCAAGACUUAACGUUUGCCAGAGAAUUUCGGGGACUCCGGGGUUACAAGAAAAAUGCUUGUGUGCCAGCCUUGGAGCUAACUCGCAGGUUGAUGAAAAAGGAUCCUAGAGCUAUUCCUCGAACCAGUGAAAGAGUACCAUAUAUUAUUGUGGCUGGAGGGCCAAGCGAAACGCUUAUACGUUCUGUCCGAUCACCUUCUGAAUUAUUAGCUGAUCAAAAUCUGCGCCCCAAUGCCGUUUAUUAUAUCACGAGGGUAAUCAUUCCGCCUCUUAAUCGAUGCCUAAGUCUGCUAGGUGCAGAUGUGCAUACAUGGUUUAGAGAUAUGCCUCACCGAGAAGUUCUUACCAGAGCAUCUUCUUUACCCAAUGAUAAGCAAAAGGCUACAAUAUCCCAGUUUUUUAAUGUUCUUGUAUGUCUGUCUUGUGGGAAUUCGUCUGAGAAUAAGAUUUGUAAACAAUGUAUGGAAGAGCCAUCGAAGACAAUUGUCGUUCUACAUCAAAAGUUGCGAUCUUUGGAAAAGAAUGUAUUCGAUGUGAAUGUGAUUUGCCGAUCAUGCACAAGUCAAUUAGGAGUCCCAGAUUGUGAAUCUUUGGAUUGUCCUGUUACUUAUCGUCGUUCACAGGUUGAAAGAGAGUAUGCGCUAGUCCCUACUAUACGCAGAAUUAUCGAUGACUGGUAAAUUACGAGUUUAAACCAUUAUUGUAAUACAUUUUGUAUUACUUACGGUUGGGGAGCCGUGCUAGGCAACCCCGACACCAAGAGAGGCCAAAUUCUAUCACACCCUCGUAAAGGUUUUUCUGGGGCAACACACUGUAUCUGGCCACCGCACCUGAUUUGAUUCUCGGUGCUUAUACUUGUAGGUAUUAAAAAUAUAAACUUACACAGAUGUUGGGCAAGUAGCUCGUCAGCGCAUAGGUUAGAGGAGCUGCGAUGCAAACUGUAUUGCUCCAACAAUGGAAAGUCGCAUGGCUGUUACUGAAAUCGGUAAAAAUCCCACGAAUUGAUCCUUUAUUAGGUAGCUAUAAUUACAGUGUGAUUCCUAGUGUAACAAACUAAUCGGUCUAUCGAUUUUUAACCGAAAUCGGCUAGCAGCUUCCGAGCGAUAGUCCCCUUGAUAUGCAGCCUAGUUUCGCAAGGAGGUAGCUAACAUUUUGCCAGUCCUCAAAUUCGCCCAGUUACCCACAAGAAACUUACGCCUCGAAGUGGAUAUUUCAUUGCAUAUACAGCUGUUUAUAUUUGAUUGCUCGCAAAAAACUAUGCAAAAAGGUCGUUUUGUAAAUAUUGCCCAGGAAAAAAGAAUCGAUUGAAAGGAAAUUAUUGGAAUAAAAUUUAAGAAUUCAGAUUUAGCCCUGCCGAUUCCAGAACCAUUUCAUUACUGUUUCAUCGGCAGGCAUACCAAUUGCGCUCUAUCGUCUUAUAAAAAAAGACUAUGUGGAAUGGUCCUGUCUUUUUUUACUACAUGAGAUAUUGGUGGGAUAUCCCAUAUAUUUUCCAGGACAAUCCAGGAAUAACGCGAAUGAUAUCCUAUAUGGGUCGGAAAUCUCGAUAACCCCAGAAUACGAAUAUCCUAACGAAUAUGUAAAAAUCAAUAAGACGUCACUCCGAUGACUUUAAGACAAUUAACAAGUUGUCUCAUUUAAUGGUUUAGAAAUAGUUUCAGUUUUUUAAAUCGGAAAUACAUUUAAUGGCAAAGUUUUCGAAAAUAUAGGAAACUCAGUCGAUAAAUUAUUUCCCUUCAAUAGAUGCUUUUUCCCCAGGUCUCUAGCAUGUAAAGUUAUAUAUACAAUUCGAAUUUUUGAUAAUCUGCAAAAACAAUGGUAGAUUAAGUUUUACUGUAUUUUUUUCUAUAACAAUGGGGCACGUACACUUUGAAAUAAAGUUAUUUUGCACAAUAGUGGGAAAAUUUUUCAUAUACACUUUACAGAUAUGGAACUUUGAACACCGGCAGAAUUUAGAGGUUAUGUUACAGGGCUAUUAUUACUCGUGGGAUAUCGCCUAGUUCGUGCACUUGUAUCAUAAAUAACUAUUAUAAGGCAUGCAAGGAAAACUGCAAAAAAUAAUCAAGUUUGUUAUAAUUUCUUUUGAACAUUGACAAAAUAAAUUCAUUCUUAUUAAUAUAUUAUUUUUUAUAUGAAUAUCCCUGGCGGCCUGAAAAGACCAAAAGGAACAUCUACAAAGUACCUUAAAGACCCCACUGGGUUCCCCUUCGGUUCCUUCUGAAAAAAUUCAAAAAAAAAAGCAAGAGUUGGAGAAGUUGCGAUAAACCAGUAUCUUAUGUUGUAAUAAAGGGUGUUUGCAAUAAACGAGUGUUGCAAUAAAUGAGUUUUGACUGUAUUAAAAGUUGAAACCCUCAAGUAUAUUGUAUAUAAUACUUUACAGCAGAAGUUAAAGAAGAAAAUGUAUGCCUUGUUAAUUAUACUCUACAGAGUAUUCUGAUAGUAUCCCUUCCAUAUAACCUGCGCUCAAAUGGAAAUUUCCAAAUUCACAUGCAUAAUUUUUUAAAUAUAGGCUUCUGAAUAAUAACAAGGAGGAUUCUAUUUAAAUUUCUUAUGUCCUAAAAUUAGAUGAGAGAAUAAUGAUAACGUUAUUUUAACAAUGUCAUGCGACUUCAAUCGUACUUUCGUGACUUCGUUUGAGUUUAGAUUUUGAAUUCGUUAGUUGUUGACUUCAGUGAAUUCAAGCGAUGACUGUCGACUUCUUUCUGACUUCGGCCUGCCUUCAUGACUCGGUUAAACUCAGCGCGUACUGUAUAUUGCAGCGUGACGCCCUUUUUGAUUAUUUUUAUACCAUUCUAUCUCGAUCACGAUGACUUCGUUCUGACUUUGCACGACGCUACGUUCAUCUUUUCUGACUGACUACGUUGUAUUAUGUUGUCCUACAAACUCAUAAAAGUCGAGAAAGGAGACAAUUCUGCUUUGUGCAUCAUUUGUGAUAGUGUAAUUUACAAUGCUGCAGAAUCUAGAAUUCUGGAUAAUUUUUCAGAGUUUUAUUUUUAUCGAUUCGUGGUCUAUUAUCUGUUUUAUUUUAUUCGUCUCGUAAAUCUCGUAGCAAAUACCAAUAUUUAAAAUUCUAUAAAUUUUAAUAAAUGUUAAAGCAGUCUGAGGGUAUAAUUGGGGUCACCCUGCGCAAUUACAUAUAUAAUAUUAUACAAUAUGAUCCAUAAUAAUUAUUAUCGAAAGAAUCAAACGACACUUUGCGAAAGUUUUCUGUCAUUUCUUCCGCUCGAAAAACAAAUCCUUCCAUUAAAUUCCAUUAUGAUGUUGAGUAUUUCUUCCCAGCCUAGGCAUAAUUAUUAUUGUUAAUUACUAUACGAGGGUGGGUUGAUAAGUUUCCGGCCUGACCAAGAAAAACAACGUUUUUAAGAAUUU